AUGAAUUUUGAAUUUGAGAGGGAGAUUGGGUUUAUAAACAGCCAGCCAUCGCUCGCCGAGUGUCUGACUUCCUUCCCCGCUGUCUUGGAGACAUUUCAAACUUCAUCAAUCAAGGAGUCGACAUUAAUUCCUCCUCCUCCUCCUUUCGAGCAAACCUUCCCCAGCCUCCAGCCCGGCGCCUCCACCCUUCAGAGACCCGGGAGCCAAAAGCGAGCCGAAGAUGGGCCCGCUCUGCCGCCGCCGCCGCCGCCGCCGCUCCCCGCCGCCCCCUUGGUCCCCGAGUUCCCCUGGAUGAAAGAGAAGAAAUCCGCCAAGAAAGCCAGCCAAUCCGCCUCGUCUCCUCCGGCCGCCUCCUCCGUCUCGGCCUCCGGGGUCGGAUCGCCAGCAGAUGGCCCGGGACUGCCGGAGGCCGCCGGCAGCGGGGCGCGCAGGCUGCGCACUGCUUACACCAACACGCAACUGCUGGAGUUGGAAAAGGAAUUCCACUUUAACAAGUACUUGUGCCGGCCGCGGCGCGUGGAGAUCGCGGCCUUGCUGGACCUCACCGAGAGACAAGUCAAAGUGUGGUUCCAGAACCGGCGCAUGAAGCACAAGCGGCAGACGCAGCACCGCGAGCCGCCCGACGGGGAGCCGGCCUGCCCAGGCGCCCUGGAGGACACCGGCGAGCCAGCCGACGAGCCCGCGGCCAGCCCUGGCCGUCCCUCCGCCUCGCGGGCGGCGCGGGAAGCCUGCUCUCACCCGCCCGAGGUGGCGCCGGCUCCCCCGGGCGCCCAGGGCCCCCAGCCUGUGACCGCUCCCGCGGGGGGUAGCUUGCGCGCAGCCUCCAGGCUGGAGCCCGAGCCGGAAGACGCCUUCCCGGAGCGGCAGGAUUCGCCUUUCCUGCCCGAUCUCAACUUCUUCGCGGCCGACUCCUGUCUCCAGCUGUCCGGAGGCCUCUCCCCCAGCCUACAGGGCUCGCUCGACAGCCCGGUUCCCUUUUCCGAGGAAGAGCUGGAUUUCUUCACCAGCACCCUCUGUGCCAUCGACCUGCAGUUUCCCUAACCUGUGUCCCCCUCCCGGCCCCUCCGACCCUCGUCCCCUCGGCAGGUCUGCUGGAAAACAAGAGGACAGGCCCCCUCCCGCCCCCAAGUCGUUUAGACUUCUUUCUGUGUUUUGCUAAAAUUCAGGUAUUAUUGAAUUAGUGUUUAAUCCAUUUCUUUUCUUUUCUGUCUAAAAUAUUGGGCACUCUGGCGUUUUUUUAAAACCACACAGAAAAAUUCCGUUCUCGGUAGACUCCUUCCAACGAAAUCUCAGGAAUAAUUAAACUCUUAGUGGGGGGGGGGCUUUCUUAAAAAAAGAACUAGAGGAACUUGUUUUCCUCUCUCUUUUUUUUUAAGUUUUAGACCGUAGAUUAUUUAUUGAAAUUCUUUAAUAAUAGGAAAAGGGGAAAGUAUUUAUUGUACAUUAUUUUCAUAGAUUAAAUAAAUGUCUUUAUAAUACGAAAA